AUGUUCGUUGCCCAUGUGGGAUUACAGCGAGACGGGCAACCGUUGGAUGCAGACCUACAUUGCCCAGUCGAAUGGUAUAUCCAGCCUAUAACGCUCGCCAAGCUGGCAUCAACUGAGUGGAGCUUAUACCCUCUCCCGGUCGGCAUGGGAAAUAGUAUAUCUGGGGGGUCCGAUCAUUAUAGGGCGCGUCUGCUAUCCAAAGAGCGAGCAGGAUAUCACACGUGCGAAGCCGAUGGGUGUGACGAAAACAAUCGACAUGUUCUUGAUUUCAAGGAAGCCGAUCAUGACAGACUAGCGCUUGCAUUUUUCGGAUCGCAUAAGAGUUAUCCUUUUCAGAUAGAGACUAGCGAUGAGAUGGAGUAUGUCGGGUUGUUUAUGGAUAUUCUUUGUCCCGGGAUGCGCAAACAAUGGGAGGUGGUUUCAAAUGAGCUGGGGAAGCGAGGUGGUGGAAAAGAGAACCAAGAUACCUUUGGUUGGCAACAUGUCUUCAUCGAAGCCCCAAAGAAUGUGGCCGGAAAAUUGAAAGAAUGGAUAGAAGCUGGGAACUUGUUACCUUUAUCUGUUUAG